AUGAAGCAAAUAUUGACUGGAAAAUUCCGAGACGGUCCUUUGAUAGGUCUCGAGUACCAAACGUCUUCUCAGAAGGGUGUGACCGAUCAAGAUGGGCAGUUCUACUACGAGGAGGGUGAAUUGAUAACAUUCUCCAUCGGUAGUCUAAUCAUCGGGGUGGCGAUCGGGUCACCAUCUCUGACAAUAGCUAGCCUGCAUGACAGUAGCUAUGAGAGGAUGGAGGAUUUGGAGCCAACUUGCGCAGAAACGAAUAAUCGAGCGCGUUUCCUCCAAAGUCUGGGACGGGACGCGGAUCUUCGGAGUGGUGUGGUGAUAGAUGAUGCCGCUCGUAAAGCGGUCGAAACAUAUGCCAAGGGAAUCCAAUUCCUGUCCAGUAUCGAGGAAUUUGAGAAAGCACCGGCUGUUUAUGGUGUACUUCGUGAGCUGGGGCUCCGGCUUCGUGGAGCUGCGGAGGCUCGAAAUCACUUGCGCCGGGCUCUUCAGGGCAUCAGAGUACUCCGGGACGUCAGGGUUCCUACCCGUGAUGGGAGCUACCUCGUUUCGGAUGUCUUCCUACCCAUUGAUGAAGGAUUUUAUCCCGUUCUCCUCCGGCAGAGCGUCUACGGCCGUGCGUUCCAAACCGGGUCCGUUCAUAACGAGGCCGAAAUGCUAGCUAGUGAGGAACGAGAAGCAGCUUGGUUCGAGAAGAGUACAGAAGAGCUGAACUACUAUUUUCGAUACUCGGAAACAGCUGCCUCCGCCAACAGCAGUACCUGGGUGCCGCAAGGUUAUGCAGUGGUUCGUGUGGAUGCCCGCGGCGUGGGCAAGACACCGGGAACAUUGAGCGUUUUCUCGCAACAAGAAGCCCUAGACUAUUAUGACGCUAUCGAGUGGGCAGCUAAACAGACCUGGAGUAAUGGGAAGGUCGGACUGUAUGGUAGCUCAUACAACGCUACCACACAGUGGAAUGUUGCCGCUCUACAACCGCCGUCCCUCCACGCCAUGGCCGCGAUAGCCUCGGAUGCCGACGCCUACCGCGAUCUCGCAUACCCAGGAGGCAUUUUCCUCGAAAAUUAUCGCCACUGGUGGUGGAAAGAAAGUGUUGGCCCCGCAAGAAACAAAAACGGCGAUGCUGUCGAUUUUGUCGCCAGGUUAGAAAACCACCCAUGGGACGAUGGACACUAUCAUGGCCAUGGUCAGGAUGCAAUAUUGUCUGCUGAUUUUUCUAAAAUCCAUAUACCCGUAAUCACAGCCGUCAGUCAGACGGGAUUUAUACAUGGCCGUGCAGGCUUCGAAGCCUAUGUCGAGUUGCCAUCGCCAGCCAAGCAACUUCUCAUGCUCGACGCUGCUUAUCCGGAAUAUAUGUUUGUUGAUUGCCAACCUGAUCUAUUGGCCUUCUUUAGCCGACAUCUCAAGGGACUUGUACCGGAUCAGGAGCAAUCCCCUGUCCGACUGGUAAUGCGAACAGGUGGUGGAGCCUUUGAGUGGCAGAAUGCGACAACUUGGCCACUUCCAAACACCAAGUACCGGGAACUCUUCCUCAACGCCAACGGUGCCACGACUGUAGGGGAAAUCACUACUCAUUUGCCUCUACAGCAGGGGAAGUUCACAUACUCCGCAGACGUUCAAGUGGCCGGGGGUCUUCCAAUGGCUAUUUUCGAGUCAGACCCGUUGACGGAGAGUCUCGAGUUGGCAGGGCACUUCCGUGCCACUCUGUGGGUAGCGUCUACAUCAGCAGAUGCUGAUGUCUUUGUCGCCAUUCGAGUCAUGAAGGGUGAUAAGGAAGUCCACUAUCAGACGCGAGUACCUGGUACACGAGCACCACUGACGUACGGCUGUCUAAAGGUCUCUCAUGGGGCCACCGAUCCAGUGAGGAGUAACAAGGAACGUCCCUGGCAUACUCACCGGGAGGAGGAUGCCUUACCUCUACUCCCAAACACAGUGGUCAAGAUUGAUGUAGAGUUGCUAGCUGCUACAGGGCGCAUUCCCUUGGGUUGCCGAUUCCGUGUUGAGAUUUCACCAGCAGAAGGACCAGGGGCAAUUCCAGGAUGGGAGCGCGCUUACGACGAAUCUUAUCAUCGGGGAGCAGCCAAUACUAUAUUCACAGGUGGGCUGUAUGCCAGCUCUAUAACUAUUCCUGUCAUAAGUGGAGAGUAA